AUGGCUGAUAAUUACAGCAGACAGAACAAAUCAUCAAGACAUCUAAAAGAAAAGGAAUCAGUGAGAUCUAAACCCAGAUCUAAAUCAGGACAUAAAUAUCAUCAAAUGGAGUCCAAAACACCUCCAUUGCCAACAAAGUGUACCUCAACUUUAGAAGAAUUAAUUAAAAAAAGAGAAUCUCUUAAACAAGAACUAAAAAAAAUAGUAAAAUACACCGAUAGUGAACCAAAUAAAAUUAGCAAGAAACGUAGGCAUUCCAAAGAAGAAUUUACUGCUGUGAAAGGGAAAAGAAGUUAUAAAGAAAAUAAAAUUAAUGUAAAUUCUUCGAAAAAGUCUGUGCAUGAGUCUUCUCCAGAGUUAGAUAAUACACAAGUCGAAUCAGAAGAUGAAGAGACUAUUAUUGAACUACGAAGACAGCAAAGAAAACAACUCUUGGAAAAAUUCAACAUAUCUAAUGUCAAAAGCAAUGAUAAUGAUAACAGUAUUUGUGACAAGACCACUGAAGAAGGAAUUAAAAAAAAUGAAGAUCAAAAAAUUUUAAAACAAGUAACUGAUAUGUUUUCUGAAAAAGAUGAAUUUGAUUCAAAUGUAACGGAAGACAAGGUUACCCAAGGUGAUAGUGCUCAUAAUUUAAGUUUAAUAGACAACUGGGAUGAUCCCGAUGGAUAUUAUAACAUCAGAGUUGGAGAUGUGAUCAACAAUAAAUAUACAAUCAAAGGUACAUUGGGACAAGGAGUGUUUGCUAAUGUAGUCAGAGCACAAGACAUGAAUGAUGGAAAUGAUUAUGUAGCCAUAAAAAUCGUAAGAAAUAAUGAUUUAAUGUACAAAACGAGCUUGAAAGAAAUAGCCAUACUUAAACAAAUUAAAGAUGCAGAUCCUAACAAUAAAUAUCAUUGUGUUCAACUAUUGGGCCAUUUCAUGCACAAAGGUCAUUUAUGUAUAUUACUAGAAUCACUGCAUAUGGAUUUAAGAUCAGUCAUUAAGAAGUAUGGAAAACACCAUGGAAUCAACAUGAAAGCUUUAAUUUCUUAUAGCAGACAGUUGUUAUUAGCCCUAAGACUUCUCAGACGUCUAGGCAUUAUCCAUGCAGACAUAAAACCAGAUAAUAUCUUAGUAAAUGAAAAGAAGAAUGUGUUAAAACUAUGUGACUUUGGCUCAGCUGGCAAAAUUGAUGAAAGUGAACCAACUCCUUAUUUAGUUUCGCGAUUUUAUAGAGCACCAGAAAUCAUAUUAGGUGUUACAUACAAGCAUAGUAUUGACAUUUGGUCUGCUGCAUGCACUAUAUAUGAAAUGGCUACAGGAAAGAUCAUGUUCACAGGUAGUUCAAAUAACAGGAUGUUAAAAUGUUUCAUGGAUUUGAAAGGUAGAUUUUCAAGUAAAGUUAUUAAAAAGGGAAGAUUCAAGGAUCAACAUUUUAACUAUAAUAAUAAUUUCCUACUUCAUAAAAAGGAUGAGUUUACUGGAAGAGAAAAGUUAGUUGAAGUACCUCAUAUUUUACCAUCAAGAGACUUGCACAAUGAACUUAAUAAAUCUUUCAGAAAUGUAUCUCCUAAAGAAGAAAAGAAAGUUGUACAGCUUAAAGAUCUACUGGAUAAAAUGACAAUACUAGAUUCUGGUCAAAGAAUUGCAGUAACAGAUUGUUUAAGACAUCCAUUUAUUUUAGAAGAAUUAGAUAAAGAAGCAAAUAAAAAAUGA